AUGGAUAAUCUCAGUGAUGCCUUGAAGAAGCUGAAGAUAACAGCUGUUGACAGAACUGAGGAUAGUUUAGAAGGAUGCUUGGAUUAUCUGCUUCAAGCCCUGACUCAAAAUAAUAUGGAAACAAGCGAAAAAAUCCAAGAAAGUGGAAUACUUCAAUUGUUUGAAAAUCUGUUGAUUCCACAGUCUCCCUGCACAGCCAAAGUAGCUAACAUCAUAGCUGAAGUUGCCAAAAAUGAGUUCAUGCGAACUCCGUGUGUGGAUGCUGGAUUGAUUUCACCACUGGUGCAGCUGCUAAAUAGCAAAGACCAGGAAGUGCUGCUUCAAACGGGCAGGGCUCUAGGAAACAUAUGCUAUGAUAGCCAUUCCCUUCAGGCUCAGCUUAUCAAUAUGGGUGUUAUUCCUACCCUAGUGUCAUUACUGGGCAUCCACUACCAAAAUGCAGCUCUUACAGAAAUGUGUCUUGUAGCAUUUGGCAAUUUAGCAGAACUUGAGUCCAGUAAAGAACAGUUUGCCAGUACAAACAUUGCUGAAGAGAUGGUAAAACUCUUCCAGAAACAAACAGAACAUGAUAAGAGGGAAAUGAUUUUUGAAGUUCUUGCUCCAUUGGCAGAAAAUGAUGCUAUUAAACUACAGCUGGUUGAAGCAGGUUUGGUAGAAUGUCUACUACAGAUUGUUCAACAGAAAGUGGAUAGUGACAAAGAGGAUGAUAUUGCUGAGCUCAAAACCGCUUCCGAUCUAAUGGUUUUAUUACUUCUUGGAGAUGAAUCCAUGCAGAAAUUAUUUGAAGGAGGAAGAGGUAAUGUGUUUCAAAGGGUGCUGUCCUGGAUUCCAUCAAAUAACCACCAGUUGCAGCUUGCUGGAGCGUUGGCGAUUGCAAAUUUUGCCAGAAAUGAUGGAAAUUGUAUCCAUAUGGUAGACAAUGGAAUUGUAGAGAAACUUACGGAUUUAUUGGACAGACAUGUAGAAGAUGGAAAUGUAACGGUACAGCAUGCAGCACUAAGUGCCCUCAGAAACCUGGCCAUUCCAGUUGUAAAUAAAGCAAAGAUGUUAGAAGCUGGAGUCACAGAGGCAGUUUUGAAAUUCCUUAAAUCCGAAAUGCCCCCGGUUCAGUUCAAACUUCUGGGGACAUUGAGAAUGUUAAUAGAUGCACAAGCAGAAGCUGCUGAACAACUGGGAAAGAAUAUCAAGUUAGUGGAACGUUUGGUGGAAUGGUGUGAAGCCAAAGACCAUGCUGGUGUGAUGGGAGAGUCAAACAGACUGCUCUCUGCCCUCAUACGACACAGUAAAUCAAAAGAUGUAAUUAAAACCAUUGUACAGAGUGGUGGCAUCAAGCAUCUAGUUACCAUGGCGACUAGUGAACAUGUAAUAAUGCAGAAUGAGGCCCUUGUUGCUUUGGCACUAAUAGCAGCUUUAGAAUUGGACACUGCUGAGAAAGAUCUAGAAAGUACUAAACUUGUACAGAUUUUACACAAACUGCUAAUAGAUGAGAGAAGUGCUCCUGAAAUAAAAUAUAAUUCCAUGGUUCUGAUCUGUGCUCUCAUGGGAUCCGAAUCUCUACACAAGGAAGUACAGGAUUUGGCCUUUCUAGAUGUUGUAUCCAAACUUCGCAGUCAUGAGAACAAAAGUGUUGCCCAACAGGCCUCUCUCACAGAGCAGAGACUUACUGUGGAGAGCUGA